AUGCCCCCUAGAUCUCCGCGGCGGCAGCAAUCGACUCUGUCCUCCGCUUCCUCUGGUGCCAGAACAGUCCGACCUCGAUCACAAUCACGUUCUCUCUCUCGACAACACUCGCGCUUGACCAAUCCAGAACAGCUUGACGACUGCACACAAGGAGCGUAUGGCGAUACCGCUGUCGACGUCUCUCAUACUGAUACGUUGGAAGACAUCGCAUCUCACGACCCGGGGACACGCGUGGAGACGGAUGCCGGUCCGAGUGAUUAUUGGAAACGACAAAGUAAAUCCCCUAGUCAAGUAAUACCUAUAGAUUGGCGCAAGCUCAGUGAUAAGCCUUUCAACCUAGACGAGGCAGAAGAUGGACCAAGCGAUCAAUACUGGCCUGAUAGUCCUCGAACAGCCCCCCCGCCCUCCCAUCAGCCUGCAGCAUGUGAUGAUGGACCAGACAACGCUGAGUACGGACGACGUCUUCAUGACGUGAUGGCGCAGGACAGCCCACCAUCGGAUUCGCCUACGAUUAAUGUCAAUGCACACGAUUGGGAACUAGGUGGGUAUCAGACAAAUUACCAGGAUAUAAUAGGAGAUGCAGAAAACAGUACAAGCCCAGGUUUUCAUGACGACGAAGAAUUUGGAAACCUGAAUCUGAGAGAAGUGCAGGACCGCGUUUCGAACGGUACACCUUCUAUCGUAUCAACCCGAACAACGCAGAUCCCUCUCAUCUCCCCAAGUCCCGGCAAACGAACGUCAUUCAUUCUCCAGCAGCCUCAACUAGCUCAUCUACGAACCUCCAGUCAUUUCUCCCAAAUAUCGGAAGCCAAAUCGGAAACAAUGUCCGUGGCCAGCGCGAGCUCACAGCUGCAGCCCCUUCAAUCUACCAACCUCAACCCUCAACAGAAUCAGUCUCCAGCAUACACUUUUCAUCCACUUCGCCGACUAUCGGCUCAUUUGUUCCUAAAACAGGCAAACGCUACUACUUCUCCGCUGAAAUUAGACUCCAAGGAUAUUUUUGGCAAGCCGACAGUCAUGGACGUUCGAGGGAUGGUUGCUGUCGGCACCGAUCAUGGUUUUGUAUUAGUUUACACCUUCGGUCAAGAACUGAAGCAUGUCCUGGGCAAUGAUGGAACUAGUGAGUGUAGUCUGAUAUAG